CUCAACGUUUCUUCUUCGGACGGACUGCUAGCUUCAGAGCUUCUUGCAGAAGAGACGAGGAGGAUGAAAUCGGCGUUAACCUCAACAAUGGCGACUGUCGAGCAAUGGUGAAAUCGGAGAAACUAUGCUCAGAGCACUGACUGUUCACAAUGCAGUGGUACUUCGUCGCAGCCCUUCUCACCGUCCUCACCAGCUCUCAGGGAAUACUCACGACACUCUCUCAAAGCAAUGGGGGAUAUAAGUACAACUAUGCGACUGUCCCAUUCCUCGCAGAAGUUUUCAAGCUGCUUGUUUCUAGCGUCCUUCUAUGGAGAGAAAUUCGAACAUUGCCUUCUACAAGGAUGACUACAGAAUGGAAAAGUGUCCGCUUAUUUCCCAUUCCUUCGAUCAUAUAUCUGAUUCAUAAUAAUGUUCAAUUUGCUACGCUGACGUAUGUGGAUACAUCCACAUACCAGAUAAUGGGAAAUCUGAAGAUCGUUACUACUGGAAUAUUAUUCAGGCUGUUCCUACGAAAGAAGCUCUCCAACCUUCAGUGGAUGGCAAUUGUACUCCUGGCUGUCGGGACAACCACAAGCCAGAUCAAAGGUUGUGGACAAACUUCAUGCGACUCUCUCUUCUCAGCACCAAUCCAGGGGUAUAUGCUUGGAAUCCUCUCCGCUUGCCUAUCAGCAUUAGCAGGUGUUUACACAGAAUUUCUGAUGAAGAAGAACAACGAUAGUCUGUAUUGGCAGAAUGUUCAAUUAUAUACGUUUGGGGCAAUAUUCAACAUGGGACGGUUAGUGCUGGAUGAUUUCAGAGGUGGAUUUGAGAAGGGACCUUGGUGGCAAAGGCUUUUAAACGGAUAUGAUUUGAUAACUUGGAUGGUGGUGUUAAAUCUUGGAUCAACAGGCUUGCUUGUUUCGUGGUUGAUGAAGUAUGCGGAUAACAUAGUUAAGGUUUAUUCCACGUCAAUGGCGAUGCUGCUAACUAUGGUGCUAUCUGUAUAUCUUUUCUCCUUCAAGCCAACUCUACAGCUGUUCUUGGGGAUCGUUAUCUGUAUGAUGUCGCUGCACAUGUACUUUGCUCCACCAAACAUGCUUGUGGAUCUUCCUUCAACAUCAAAAGCAUCUCCUGAAAGCUUGAAAGAAAUUUCGAUUGAUCGAAAGAACGAGUCCUGAAUCUGAGGCUACUAUAAGAGAUCAAUAAGAAAAUACGCAGUCUGGUUUGCCCCAUGACAAUUCCAACAGACGGUAUGCCUGCGCAACAAUAUUCCAAACGAGCAAAAAUGCUUUCUGGUUUCCAGCUGAAUUCUCCUAAGGUUGAAGUUUGCACAAGCGAGUGAAAAUGCUCUCAGUGGAGAAAAAGUGGCGAAAAUUUGUGAUGGAGUAAAUUACCUCCUAUACUGGCACGGACACAUUCAAUUGUUGGUUCCAUAUUGUGACCCUUUUUUCUCAGGAAUGCAGUAGUUAUUUAAGUAGAAUGAUACUGCGUCCGAGUAUUUUGUUCGACUUAUUGAUCGGAUUGUUCUGUCCGGUGUUAUAGUUAAUUGAAGGGAAAGUGGAAAGGGGAGAAAGAACUUGCAAAUUUCUAGAUCCUGAGCUGCAGAGAUUGUUCCGUAGUGAAGUCGACUGAUGUAGGCAUGCGAUUUCAUGUGGACUAGAUAUCAUCUCCCCGCGGCAUCAUCCCGUGUUGUAUUAAUUGUUUUACCAACUUGCUUCAUUAUUUUUCUAGCU